AGUGAUACAAAAGUGGCAGAUUAUAAGAAAACUUUCCAGUACACUUUCACAGUUGAUAUUGCUGUUAUUGAUACUAAAGUGUGAAAAAAUGAGCGAAAAUAGCAAAAAAAGUGUGAUUAUCAUUGGAACUGGUUUGGUAGGUUCGCUAUGUGCCUGUUUUAUGGCAAAAAGAGGAUAUCAGGUCAACGUUUAUGAGAAAAGACAAGAUAUAAGAACUGGAAAGGAGGUAAGAGGAAAAUCAAUAAAUUUAGCUCUAUCCCAUCGGGGUAGAAACGCUUUAAGAGACGUUGAUUUGGAAGAAGAUAUCUUAAAGACUGCCAUACCACUUAAAGGAAGAUUUCUGCAUGGCAUUAAUGGGGGUUUGAAAUCUGUUAUAUAUGAUCCAAUCUUGAAAAAUUGUAUCUACUCCUUGGGUAGGAAUUACUUGAACAAAAAAUUAUUAGAAGCAACUAAUAAAUAUUCGAAUAUUAAGUACCAUUUUGAGCAUAUGAUGACCAAAUGCGAUCUGUCUAAAGGAACUAUCACCUUUCUUGAUUUAAAAACUUGUGAGGAAAUUCAGGUAACAGCUGACUUAAUCAUCGGAGCAGAUGGAGCACAUAGUAAACUACGUCUUUAUAUGCAACAGAUGCCUCAAUUUCAGUACACACAAACAUAUAUAGAACAUGGUUAUUUGGAACUAUACAUUCCUCCUGAAAAAAGUUGUAAGAUGCAACCAAAUCAUCUACAUAUAUGGCCAAGAUGUGAAUUUAUGAUGAUAGCUCUACCAAAUCAAGAUUCUUCCUGGACGGUUACUUUGUUCAUGCCGUUCAAAAUUUUCUACCAACUAACAAAAAAAGAGGAGGUGUUACGUUUUUUUCAAGAUUAUUUUUCAGAUGCCGUAGAAUUGAUUGGAAAGGAACAAAUUGUAGAUGUAUUUUUGAAUACACACCCUUCGCAAUUAAUAUCUGUUAAAUGUUCGCCGUAUCAUGCUGGAUCAAAAUUCCUAAUUAUUGGAGAUGCAGCACAUGCCAUGGUUCCAUUUUAUGGUCAAGUUUGAAGAUGAGUUCAAAGUGAAUCGCGCCACACCUACCCCAGAAGGGAAGGACAUAUCGGAGAUGCGACUCAAUUAUAGCAUAAUGAACUUUUAUAGAUUCAUGUGUUUGGUUCCGUGGAAAUUGAUCUUAUCGCAAAUCAGACAGAACUUAAUUUUUUAGAUAAAUGGACAAUAUGUAACUCCCAUUUCAAAUAAUUGUCUACGACAAGCACUAAGAUUCAACGACGCCAAUGGUGGUGUUAUUUAGUACAAAGGGUUGCAAUCUAUUUUUAUAUGAAAAAACUUGAGUUUUAGAAACGUUAAGACACAGAAGAUAUAGCCAUUGACAUGCCUUAUUAACCACCACUUACCCGUACGCAUUUUUAGCAUUGUUUUUAAAUAUCAUAAUUUUGAUUUCGAAUUCACUGGACUCGCGGUGGUUUUACUAUUUUGAUAUACUAUGAGCUGUCUCACAAAAAAACAGAUCAAAUUACAGCUGAUCUGGUUAUAGCGUUGAAUUUAAAUUUUAUUCCUCGUAGUUUUUAUUGUAUUACUAUGUUCAAAGUAAAACAAAAACGUGUUAAAGAAAAGUUUUAUGAAUAAAUGUUUUAAACAAAUGAAUCUGAACAUCUAAAUAAGAUUCAUAACAAAAGUAUAAACGAUAUUUGAAAUGUUGAACCCUAAAUUAAUUAUUGGCAAACUUCUUUAUUUAAAAUGAAACUAAUUUUAAAUAGUAAUGAAUUAGGUUACUCAAAAAUCUUUCCAAAAAUGAUUCACCUACUUAA